AUGAAGAAAACCCUUGUUUUCUACAGAGGAAGAGCACCCAAAGGUGAAAAGAGUAACUGGGUUAUGCAUGAAUAUCGUCUUGAAGGCAAAUUUGCUUACCAUUUCCUCUCUAGAAACUCCAAGGAUGAAUGGGCGAUAUCACGUGUGUUUCAAAAGAGCAACUCCAGAAAUGGAAGCACUACCGUGACAGCCACCACCAGUGGUUCAAAAAGACCAAAAUGGUUUCAACACCCUCUCUGCACGAACAACACCACCACCAUUUCCGCCUUCCACCACAAACCGAAACCGCUGCCCUUUGUUCAAUUGCAGCGCCUACAGUCCACCUUCAUCCGCAUCGCCACUACUACCUCGGCUGAUAUUGCAGCUUCUUCCUCCGCUGCUUGCCUCGCGAUUUCCAGUUGA